UCCCCCAGGGCUGAGGGGCUGCCGAGGCCUGUGAGCUUCCCUGCACCCCCCAUUCCAUCUGCAGGGAUUCACCCAAGGGGUCCCCUGAAUGGGACCAACUCCGUAGCUUGUGAGGCCCAGUGCAGAAUGAAAAUGUGCAGCCUCUUGUUCCAAAAUGAAGAAUUUCACAAUGAUCACAGCACUCAUUAAACCAGGGAGGGACCCCUCUGAGCACGGGGCGCUGUGCACAGGGUGGGGUGCAGCCUGGGAAGCCGGCCCUGACCGCCACAUCUCCGUUUUGUGCCUGCAAUCCCUCCACCUGCAGUGCUGGCCCCUCUGCUUGGGGGACAGGCUGGGCUCCUCGGGCCAUGCCAGCCUCCAGGGCUACAAAACUGGAGGUCCCAGCCUUAGCCCACUCACCAGUGAAAUGCCUGGCCUGCUGAGCUCACAGGGCGUGGAGCUGGCAGGCAGCUUGGUCUGCAGGUGUGCUGGAAGCUGGGCCCUCCCCCACUCUUUGAGCUGCCCCCCUUCUCUGAACACUGGGGAUGUGGGUCAGUUCUGGGAGCACAGUUGCCUGCCAGGCAGUGGGGCGUUGAUGCUGUCCGUGUGUGUGUGUGUGUGUGUGUGUGUGUGUGUGUGUGUGUGUGUGUGUGUUGUCAUGGCGGGGGUCCCUUUCUGUCUCCUUGCUCUGCACCAGGCUGGGGGGCUGCAGAGGUGAGGGGAUCUCAUCUAAACAGCUGCUUAUUCCUGAGGGAUGGCCCGGGCUGUGCCCCUAAAGCCAGGCUGACUUGGACACGGCAGGAGGGGUCCCAGGCACUCACGGGCAAAGCUGGGGAGGCUCGGAUGUGGAGGAACAGUCUCCUGGCCGGCUGCAAGGUGGACUCAGGGAAGAGCUGAGCCAGGGAGUCACCCCAGGCCUAGGGUCACUGUGGGCCCCAUGUGGCACCCUGGUUCCCCUGCCUGUGGAUGGGAGGAGCCAGCCCGGCCAGGUGUGCUCCCUCCCCAGGCCCUGGGCAGGGGGGUGCAGGGGCCAGCAGCUGCGCCCGCCCCACCCUCCUUCCCACCCUUAUGCCGAAGGGUGGCCGGGCAGGCAGGUGGGCGAGUCCGGGCGGCGGCUGAGUCAGUGUGCAAGGAAUGUUCUGGCCGCUCCCAGCUGCACCCUGCCCCUACCUGCCCCCACCUCACCUUCGUCCCCAGGCGCUGCGGCCCUGAGCCUCUGCCAGGAAUGCACCUUCAGCCCAGGCCUGCUCACCAGCAGGGCAGAAAGAUGGGGCACUCACCAGACUCCCCCAGUGUCCCAGCCCCAGCUGGGACCACAGCUCUACCCGGGCUCAUUCCAGACCUCAUCGCCGGGACCCCGUGGCCCAACUGGGCUGUCACUGCUGGCGCCUUUGCCUCGGGUGUCCUCCUCAUCUCGGGCCUCCUCUAUGCUGUCUGCUGCUGCUGCCGCUGCCGCAGGAAGAAGCCCAGAGACAAGGAGGCCAUGGGCCUGGGCAGUGCGGGCACCACCACCACCUGCCUGGUGCAGCCGGAUGUGGAGAGCCAGCAAUCCAGCCCUGCGGCCGCUCAGCAAUGGGGGUGCCUGCAGCUCUCCCUGGAGUAAGACUUUGGAAGGCAGGAGAUCAGGGUGGGCCUGAAGCAGGCUGCCGACCUGAGGCCCGGGGGCACCGUGGACCCCUAUGCCCGGCUCAGCGUCUCCACCCAGGCUGGGCACAGGCACGAGACAAAGGUGCCCCAAGGCACGCUCUGCCCCGUGUUUGAUGAGACCUGCUGCUUCCAUGUCCCACAGGUGGGGCUGCCAGGGGCCACCCUGCAGGUGCAGCUUUUCCACUUCAGGCGCUUCUCAGGGCACGAGCCCCUGGGUGAGCUCCACCUGCCACUGGGCACCAUGGAUCUGCAGCACGUUCUGGAGCACUGGUACCCCCUGGGCCCACCGGGUGCCACCGAGCCCGAGAAGGUGGGGCUGUGCUGCUCCCUCCGGUAUGUGCCGGGCUCGGGCCGGCUAACCGUGGUGGUGCUGGAGGCCCGAGGCCUGCGUCCAGGACUGGCAGAGCCCUACGUGAAGGUCCAGCUCAUGCUGAACCAGAGGAAGUGGAAGAAGAAAAAGACAGCUGGCAAAAAGGGCACGGCUGCCCCCUACUUCAACGAGGCCUUCACCUUCCGGGUGCCCUUCAGCCAGGUCCAGAAUGUGGACCUGGUGCUGGCUGUUUGGGACUGUGGCCCGCAGCUCCGGGCCGAGCCCGUGGGCAAGGUGCAUCUGGGUACCCAGACCUUGGGGCAGCCCCUGCAGCACUGGGCGGACAUGCUGGCCCAUGCCCAGCAGCCCGUGGUCCAGUGGCACCCCCUGCGGUCGGUCAGGGAGGUGGACCGAGCACUGGCUCUGCAGCCCCGCCUGCGCCUGCCCCUGCCCCUGCCCUGCUCGGGAACACACCAUGAGCCUCGGUCUCCCCGCUGAGCCCGGCCACUUGCCCAGGCUGCCCUGUGGGACCACUACAAUAAACGCCUUCUCCUGCCA